UUUGUGCUAUUGUAACGCCUAAAAGUUGGUUGUAUUUUUUAGUUAACCCGAAUAAACAAUGAUCAUAACCAUUUUGCUAAGCUAUGACGUAUAACUAGCGUUCGUCUGAGCCGCAAAUAACUGUUGUGGUGUUUGAUAAACAUGAUAAACUUUUAGAGAAUUGACUGAUAAGCGUUGGAGCAGCGUAAAACUUGUCGAUAUUAUCAACACGGCAAUUAAAGGGUACAACAACAAACAGUUACGGCUGAUAACGACCAUGACCGGUGUCGUUCCCGGUGAAUUUCCAUUCCAAAACACUGAUAUACACCAUCUAGACGUGUUUCGGAUUGCAACACCUAAAAUGUGGCUUUAUAAAUUUCUGUUCUGCUUGUACUUGGUUUGCAACAGUAUUCACUAUGCGGCUGUAAGCGGCGAGCCCACACCGCCGGACGCCGACUACUACAUCGGUGCUGUGGUUGAGUUUCCCGCGCGCACAGUCAAUGCAGCCGCCAGCACACAGGAGCGCCUGCGUCAAUUCGGCAUACUACUCGAGUCAUCUGCCAUACGUCCGGAUAUUGUGGUCUUUCCUGAGGAUGUUUUAAAUGACCACGACACUCCCAUAGUGGUACCAGCGCCCAGCGAUGAUGUGAUAACUUGCAAUGCCGACGACGCUCACUACAAUUAUAUUAUCAGUAGAAUGUCUUGUUAUGCGCGUUCGCUGGGCUUAUAUGUGCUCAUCAAUGUGGUGGAAGUGCAUAAUUGCACGCAAUCGCAGAAUGUUAGCGAUUUAGUUGCCAACUGCGCCAUCUACAAUGCAAAUGUGGUGUUUGAUCGUCACGGCGUGGUGAUUUCGCGUUACCGUAAAUACAAUUUGAUUGGCAGUGAGUGGUUGUAUUUUAAUUAUACGUCACAACCGGAGGAGGAGGCCAUAUUUCGCACUGAUUUCAAUGUCACUUUCGGGCAUUUUACACGCAUGGAUCUGCUGUAUGCGCGUCCGGCGCAAACGCUGGUCCAACGUGGCAUUACGGACUUUUUGCAUCCGAGCAAAUGGCAAUCGGAGCUGCCAUUCUUGACAGCGGUGCAACUGCAUCAGUCCUGGGCUUUCAGCAACAAUGUCAAUCUGCUGGUGGCCGGCACAAAUGAUCCAAGCAGGGGACGCAGCGGCACAGGCAUCUAUGCGGGCAGAUAUGGUGUGCUCAUCGCAACCAUGACCAGCGUUGAGAAGCAAAGUAAACUGCACUUGAGCGUGAUACCAAAGCAUAAUGUCAGCAGCGAAAAGGUUUUGAAGAUAUUCAAGCCGCGCCAGCGCAAUCUUAAAGCGCAGCUUAAUAAUAACAAUCAAAGCGUGCUCGAACGUUUCACAGGCGUGGUUGUAACGCGUGACAAUAAUAUUGAUUUGUAUGUGACACAGCCGUUAGUCGAUGCGACGCAAAUGAGUGGGCCGUUGCAGCAACAACUCUGCCACAAUGAUUUGUGUUGCAAUUUUCAUAUAGAAAUGCACGCGAAUACGCUGGCUACGGCUAGCACGGUGAGCUAUUACUACCGGUUGGCAGCAUUUCAUGACAUGGGCACUUUUCUAAAUACCGAACCUGAUGAGUUGGCGGUUUGUGCGAUCUUCGCUUGCACUGGCGAUCAUCUCUACACUUGUGGACGUAUCUAUGAGGAAGGCGUGCAGGUGGUGCCGCGGUAUAUUUUCGAUACCAUUCGUAUAAGUGGCAAUUUUACACGGCAGCGUCCGUCUUUACUGGCGCCAACGAGCGUUGAUAAUCUGCUAAUGCCGCUGCCAGUAGAUGAGUUCGAGUGGCAAUUACAGGCGCACAGCAACUUUACCCUGGCUAACCUCACUUUGUUACAACCGCGUUCGGAGCUCUUGACAUUUGGUAUUUAUGGCAAUUAUUUUUUGAAUGACACUAUAUACGAUCAUCAUCAACAGAACGACGCGACCACAUUGAGUUCGACUUUGUUGCUGAUUUUAAUUUUAUUACACUUGCAAGUCAAUUUAUAGAAUAUAUGGUAUGUGUAUGUAGUUGUUGGCAAUAAAGAAAAGUUUUAGCGAAGCUGGAGGUGUCUUGCCUGUGGAACCGCAAAGAGA